AUGUCAAACAAACCUGGUGGGAUUAUCUUCGAUCACUUUGGAAAAUCCUUAAAACUUUUGAAAAAAAAUUAUCAAAAAGAUGCUAAUGAUAGAAGGCUUACAAGAAGAAGAGAUAAAGUAACAACAACACAUAGGCGAUUUGGUUUCAGUAUAAUGACAACUGUUAAUGUAAAUCUGAGAAAAGAGAUAUUAAAAGAAAAUAUAAAAAUAAAUUCAUAUGGAUUCGAUGAAAAUGAAAACUUUUAUCAUUUGAAUAUUAGUGAAGGUGGUCAUGUAGCUGGAUUGGAUCCAGGUCGGAAGUAUUUAUUUGUAGCUAUUUAUGGUAAUGAGAAAAAAAAUUACAAAAAAUGCUCAACCAAAGGAUGGUAUUCAUUAGCAGGAUUUACUAGAAUUAGAAUAAGAAAGUAA